AUGUUUCAAGCCUUUUGGUUCCAAGGCAAUACCAAUUACUACUACUUGAACCUUGUGAAUGUCACAUCUGCUCUGCUUCCUGUCAUACAGAAAUUCCUCACUACACCUGUAAAAGUUGUUUGUUUUGAGGUUCAGGCAGUUUACAUGCUGCUGAUAGACGUGUUCCACAUUCAAGACACCACCGGAUGGAUGGCCUUUGAUCCUUUGGUAGGUUGUUGGCUUCUAGACCCUGACAAUCCAGUGACAAAUUUCGCUGAAGUCCUUAAUAAGCUUGAACUUGACAAUGAGCUGUUGGUUGUCAGUUAUAAGGCUGAUAUUAAAACACAAGCUUGUGAUCUUCUUCCAGUGUUAGACAUCACAAUGGAUAUCAUGGAAAAAAGACUUUCAGCCACAUCACUCUGGACGGUGUUCACAGAUUUGGAGAUGAAGCUGACACCAUUAUUGGCCAUUAUGGAAUGUUCAUCAAUCUUCGUUGAUAUCAAAAAACUGCAUGAAACAUCAAGAGUUAUAGAUAAAAGAUUGAGAAAACUUCAGAAGGAAGCGUAUGAACUCGUUGGACAUCCUUUUCAACUCAACUCCCACCAGCAGUUGAGGAACGUUCUGUUUGAUGAGUUGAAACUUGACGCAAAGUUCAACAUUGUGGUGAAGCAAACUGAACAAGGAGCCAAGUCUACUUCUGAAGUGGUUUUGUGCCAACUUAAGAGAUUUCAUCCGCUUCCAAAAAUUGUGUUGGAACAACGACACCUCCAAAAGGUGAAAUCAACAUAUGUAGAUGGACUGCAGCAGUUUGUUAGGAAAGAUGGGACCAUAGGAAGUACUUGGGAGCAGACUGGAGCUGCCACAGGAAGGAUCACUUCAAAGAAUCCUAACCUCCAGGCUAUCCCAAAGGUUCCAGUUGUGCUUCAGGACCUAGAGAAAAUUUAUCUGAGGGCAAUAUUUAAAUCUCGAGAAGGAUUCUCCUUCCUUGCUGCAGACUUUCAGCAGAUUGAGUUCCGAGUCUUUGCCCACUUCACUCAAGAUGAGAACAUAAUACAGAUGUUCAGAGAAGGUAGAGACAUCUUCACUCAACUAGCUGGACAAUGGCUGGGAGGGGACGGAGGAGAGGAAAGGGAGAAGAUAAAAAGAAUAGUCUACUCUGUUAUGUAUGGGGCAGGACCACAAAAGCUUGCAGAGUACCUCCAUGUGGACAUACAUGAGGCAGCAAGAAUAAUCACUAACUUUGUUGACUCAUUCCCCUGCUUGCGAACACUGCCCCACAUUGUGAUUGCCCAGUGUCGUAGACAAGGUUUACUUGGUACUAUUUCUGGUCGGCGUAGAUUGUUCCCCAACAGUUCGACUAACAUUCAUCUGCGCACAUACGCAGAGCGUCAGGCCAUCAACUUCCUUAUACAAGGUUCCGCAGCGGAUAUCUGCAAGGCUGCCAUGCUGGACAGCCAUACUGCUUUAUCUGCCCGAGGUCUCCAGGCCAAGCUAUUACUACAGAUACAUGAUGAGUUGGUGUGGGAAGUUGCUGACCAUCAUUUGCGAGAAACUGCCGAUAUUGUUCGGAGAGCUAUGGAAGAUCAGUGGAACCAAAGACUAUCUCUGAGAGUUCCUGUCCCUGUGAGCAUCGCCAGUGGGAAAACCCUCGCAGACCUCGAGCUCUUGGAUCAUUGAACAUUUGUCAAGUCAACAUACCCCACCAAUGUCUUCUCUUAGUUUACAAACAAUUUAGUCUCUUAUCUUUAGUAUUUGGUCAUAUUUUGAAUUAAAAUCUAUUUACUGAACUCUUACAAUACUUAAAUCAAUUUGAAAAAUUCAAAAACUUAAUUAAAGGUUUAAAUUUUCUUUAAUAGUUCAACUUGUACAAAUUUAUUUAACUAAAAUAGGCGAUUUAAAUUAAUUAGCCAAAUUUUAGAAAAAUAUCUCAAAGAACUAUAGAUCAUAAUUAUAAUAACUAACAUUUGAUAAUUUUUUAACUGUUUAAGAACAACAAGUUAAUUUUCCUAAUAAUCCUAAUUUUUUAUUUAAAAUGAAAUGAGUAAUUCUUUAGCACCUUUUAAUUCAGUGAGGAGUAUGUUUAUACAAAUGUAAAAUUUCAUAAUUCACAACAUAUCAUCAGGUGUGAAGUUUGAACCAGUCAGUUCCCAGCACGAGCUGAGAUUUAUAUGUGUACUGUUAACAGUUAAACCUGUGGUUGCUAACUUGUUUUAAUUUUUUUGUAUUGGUCAUGAAAAUCUUUCUCACUGAAUUACACCUUUUAUUGUGAAAAAUAUAAAAAUUUAGUUUUAGUUAACAACAGACAUAUACAUAAUAUUUCCUCUGACAUUUACUUCACUAUCUUCAAUGGAGGAGUUAAAGAGAUUUCCUUUCAUAAUAAACAUAAUUCUAAUUAAGUUAUUCAUGGUAAGAAAACAAAAGUACAAUUAUUUAUAAAAAUAUAUAAUUUAUUACAGAACAACAAUAGUGUGACAAGUAUUGUACAAUAAAUAAACAAUGUAAAUAACAUGUUAAGUGCAAACAACAUCACUUUAUAAGUAAAUAAAAAGGUAUUCACUAAAAAA